UAAAGCUGCCUCGUCCGACCAGCUGACUAACUUCUGCUUUUGGUUCCUGUGUUGGUGCAAUAACGGAGCGCGCGCGCGAAGGAGGCGGGGAGGAGGGAUUAGCAGAAAGUUGAGUUUGGCUCCUUGAAAACAAGCUGGACUCAGGGAGCGCUCCUGCUGUCGUUCGCUUCCAUGGAGGAAUGAUGCGUUUCUCCGCCUCCUAACUUAGGGCCGCUGAACGCGCUCUCAUGAGUCCCUGGCUCUUAAUUUAUCGAACAGUGAGUGAGUCAGCGAUGGCGAACGGGACCGAGACGGAGUUGUUUGUGUACGAGCAAGUGGUUGUGUUGUGUACUUGCGUUCUGUCGCUCGCGGGCUCUACUUUGAUCUUCCUCACCUUCGUCCUGUGGUCGGAUUUGAGGACGACUCCGAGGAGGCUGCUGGUGUACCUGUCGGUGUCGGACUGGCUCUCAGCCGCCUCCUACGCUUACGGAGUCGGGAAAGUUUUUCACUCCAACUCGCUGGACUGCGUGGCUCAAGGAGCGAUAUCCACUUUCGCCAACACCAGCAGCUUCUUCUGGACUGUGACCAUCGCUGUGUACUUGUACGUCUUCAUCGUCAAGUCCAGUCAAAGACUCGCGGACAGCCUGGUCUUGUCUUUCCACCUGGUCAGUUGGGGCAUUCCUCUGGCGAUCACCGUCACCGCCGUGAGUCUCAACAAAAUCGGGUACGACGCCUCUGAGGUGUCUGUGGGCUGGUGCUGGGUCAGGAUUGAUGCUCGAGACCGGAUCUUAUGGAUGCUGCUCACCGGAAAGAUCUGGGAGUUCCUGGCUUACCUUACUCUCCCCGUGCUCUACAUCCUAAUCAAAAGGCAUAUCCACAAAGCGCAUGCGGCCCUGUCUGAAUACCGGCCCAUCUUGGCCAACCGGCCCGAAUCUCAGUCCUUCUCAUCCAUGGCUGACGUGAAACUAACCCUCAUUCCCAUUAUCUUCAUCUUCCUGCGCAUUUGGAGCACGGUGCGCUUCAUUCUGCUGCUCGCUGACUCACCUGUCCGCCAGAACCCGGCGCUGGUCAUGCUGCAUGGAAUUGGCAACACCUCCCAGGGAGCAGCCAACUGCAUCAUGUUUGUUUUGUUCACUCAGCCCAUCCGCACGCGGCUCUGCGCCGCGUUCUGCUGCAGCUCCAAGUGUGGAGGGGAGCCGUCGCCCUCUAACCGUGACCCACAGAGACUCCUACCAGGCCAGGACCCCCCCUCCAGGACACAGGAGGACGGCACCUCCACAGCCAUCUCCAACACGUAAUGCUCUGCUGUGUGCACGUGUGAAGACGGACUGUGCACAGAUGCAGCAGCAGAGGUCUCCACUUCACACUGGAAACUGCAUUCAAGCAGGUGCCUGAAGUGCCCAUGGGAGGGCAGUAGACUGUGGUGCCUUUUCUGAUGACUUCAUGCAAUAUUUCAUUAGUUUACGUUGAGGUUUAAACUGUUUUUGUUUUACUUUUUUUCGAAGAAAAAGGUUGUUACUGUGAGCUGAUGUUUUGUUUUCUUCAUGAUUUUGUCACUGUUUCCUAAUCACGAUGAAAAAAAAAACAGAUACAAUGCACUAAACCUGCUAUAAAAGUGUGUUUUAUUCUGUUAACAGUUUUGGUUUACUGAGGGAUUUCUUUGAAAUAAAACAGUAAAAAUGAUCAAUAUGCCUCCCGGAAAAGUAGCUAAAACACAGGAAAAAUCAUUUUUGUAAUGUAGCUAAAAAAGUCAAAACUUUAAAAUUUUAAGAAUAUUUAUUGGAUAUGAAGGAGUUCUAAGUAAAAUAAGUUUUUGAUAUUCUGUAGGGGGUGUGAGUAAGGAAGGGACUCAGAAACAGAUGCUUGGUCUGUAAACUUAAGCAGAUAUAUUCAAAAAGUUUAUUUUAAUGUUCUCAAAGAGCAUCAACCUUGACCUUAAAAGGUUCUAACCAGCAGUUUCUUUCUAAAGUGUGUUUAAUGUGUUUCUGAGAAAACAACUUUGUCUCAAUGAAGAGGUAGAAAUUAACCUUUUUUAUUUGAUUUUAAAACCAAAACUGUCUCUGCUUUAUAAAUCCUUGUUUGAAAAUGUAUAUUUAUUGAGGAACUGCAUAUCCCCACUUUAUUUUGAAAGCACAUAUUUUAUCAACUUUUGAUUGGCCAAAGUGCUUCACAGAAAACGAAAAACAAUUUUAAAUUAAAAAAAAAAACCUUAAUACAAGCAAUAGAAUAAAAUCAAAAUUAAUUUGGAAAUACUUGAAAUACUUUGACUAGAGAGCUAAUCUGCUUAAUGAUUGCUUCAAGUUUUUUGGUAAGGGGGGGCAACUUGGAUAAAUCGGUGCACAGAUAACACUGAUAGCUCCAUUCAACAGCUCAGGCUUCCUAAAAAAUAAGGACUUCAAAGCCAUCCUUGUUGUUAGAUCCUUCAGGCAGUUUUAUCAGUUUGAGAGUGAAUCAUGUACAUUUAGAUAUAAUCAUCAAAACAGUGCAUUUUGAUUAGAUAUGUGAACUUUUCUAUAAUGUGUUGUCGCUGGAGCCUUUCCCAGCAAUCUCAUUAUGUCUUUGAAUACCAAAAACACUUUUUAGUCAGCUAAAUGAUGAUCCAGUUGUCCUAUUUGUGUAAUUAUAUCAUUCUUAUUUGUUUUCCUGUUGCACGGUAAUAAAGAAAAGAGAAAGAAUAAA